AUGUGGCAACCACUGGUCUUGCUGCUGCUGCUCCCCUCUGCCCUGGUGCCCCCCUCCACUGCAGCCCCUAUCCGCGAUGCUGACGCCCAGGAGAACUCCUUGGGUCUUCUAGGCCUCCAGAGCCUACUCCAAAGCUUCACCCGACUUUUCCUAAAAGAAGACCUACUUCGGGGCAUGGACAGUUUCUUCUCUGCCCCCAUGGAUUUUCGAGGCCUCCCCAAGAACUACCACCAAGAGGAGAACCAGGAGCGCCAGCUGGGUAACAAUACCCUCUCCAGCCACCUCCAGAUUGACAAGGUGACUGACAACAACACAGGAGAAGUGCUGAUCUCUGAGAAGGUGGUGGCAUCUAUCCAGCCAGCAGAGGAGAGCUUGGAGGCUGACUGGAAGGUGCCCAGGAUGGAGGAGAAGGAGGCUCUGGUGCCCAUCCGGAAGGCCAUGGAGAGCUUGCAUCCAGAACCCCAUCCCCGGGUGGCCUUCUGGAUCAUGAAGCUGCCACGGCGCAGAUCCCACCAGGAUUCCCCAGAGGGCAGCCGCUGGCUCAGUGAGAAGCGACACCGACUGCAGGCCAUCCGGGAUGGGCUCCGUGAGGGCACCCGUGAGGAUGUCCUGGAAGAAGGGACCCAGGACUCCCCCCACUCCAAGUUGCCUGUCCGCAAAACCCACUUCCUGUACAUCCUCAGGCCCUCCCAGCAGCUAUAG